AUGAAGGCUGCUAUCAGACUCCCCCUAACGGAUGAGUGCCGCCACUACAAGUCCAAAGCCGAAGUGCCUUGGGAUCUCCAGAAAUACUUCUCCCAGCGCUACUCCCUCUUCUCCUGGUACGAUGAGGGCGUCCGACUCACCGACAGCGCUUGGUUCGGCGUGACGCCGGAACCCCUCGCCAACAAGAUCGCCAACGAGAUGUACUACAUUGACGCCUCCAGGCGCGUCCUCAUCGACAUCUUCGGCGGCGCUGGUGGCAACACUAUCGCCUUCGCCCUCUCGGCCCGCUGGGAUCGCAUUAUCUCCAUCGAGCGGGACGCCGCGACCCUGGCGUGCGCCCAGCACAACGCCGAGCUGUACGAGGUUGGCGAGUACAUCACCUGGAUCCACGGCGACUGCUUCGAGUACCUGGAGAAGCUCCAGAACUCGCCGGAGGCGUUAUCGGAGGAGCUACGCGUCGACAUGGCUGAGGCCGUCGUCUUUGCAUCCCCUCCGUGGGGCGGGCCUGGGUAUCGCACCGCCGAGGUGUUUGACCUUAGUCAGAUGGAGCCGUACAACCUGCAUCAGCUGCACGACGCAUGUAAGCCCAUGGACCAUGCCCUGUAUCUCCCGAGGACGAGCGACCUGAGGCAGAUUGCGAAAUUGGCCCCCGGAGGGGAGAAGCUUGAGGUGGUGCAGUACUGUAUGGAAGGGGCGAGCAAGGCCAUGGUGGCGUUUAUACCGGGGACGCUGAGUCCGCCAAAAUCAGCAUCUCAAUGA